AUGGAUUUAUGGAAGAAAUCUGGGGUUUGGUUCACAAAUUCUUACCCAAAUAUAACGGGCUCUAACUCUACCAUUCCUUCGGUCCCAUCAAAUGAAUCGAUAAUGAAUACCGAAAGAGAUUAUGUUUCAGUAUUACUUGGCUUUUGGGGUGCACUCUAUGCUAUGGAUCAGAUCGUUAGGGAUGAGGCGGAUGGGGCUGAAGAUGGGACUCGCGUCGGUCCAAACGCAUACACAUUAAGGCAUUAUUUGUCUGGACAGUCGAUACAACACUUAAGGAGUGAUUCGGACAAUAGUGUCAACCGAUCGCUAUCUCUGUGGCAGAAGCUAUCGGACGCUGCCUUAAGAUUAGGAGACGACACGACCGGCAACUCUUGUCAACCCUCUCCGCAGUCAUCGCCGCUCAGAUCGGCCGCAGUUUCAGUGAUAAGAAACGAGAGCCAAGAUAUGAAAGAGAAUGAAUCGGAGCGUCCCAUACAUGCAAACCUGUGGUCAACGAUCGCCACACUUGAGAUGAAAUGUCUUUGGGAUGAGUUCAACGAAUUGGGAACAGAGAUGAUUGUGACCAAAGCGGGCCGUGUUCAGUUCUUUCUCGAGACCUAA